AUGAGAAGCAUUGGGUUUGAGAAGUGUAUUUCUAAACAUGGAGUGUAUGUUCAGUGUUAUCAGCAAAAUGGGAUAAAAGAGAAGUUGAUAGUAUGCUUAUAUGUGGAUGAUCUGCUAGUUACAGGAAGUAGUGUUGGGAGAAUUGUUGAUUUCAAAGUCCAGAUGUUACAGGAGUUUGAAAUGAGUGAUUUGGGUCAACUUAGUUACUUUCUUGGGAUUGAAUUCACCAAAACUGAUGAGGGUAUGUUGAUGUAUCAACACAGAUAUGCUUUGGACAUGUUAACUAAGUUUAACAUGCUUCAUUGCAACUCUGCUAAUACUCCAACAGAGGUUGAUUUGAAGCUUGAGAAAGAUCCUGAGGAAGAGGUUGUAGAUCCUACCGAAUAUAGAAGAAUGGUUGGAAGCCUAAGGUAUUUGUUCAAUACUAGGCCAGACAUCAGCUAUAGUGUGGGCUUGAUUAGCAGAUACAUGCAGAAUCCCAGAGUUUCUCAUCUGAAUGUUGUUAAAAGAAUUUUGAGGUACCUAAAAGGUACUUACAAGUAUGGAAUACUGUUGACAAAAGGUGAACCAGGAGGAGAGGUACGAGUCAUAGCUUACUCAGACUCAGAUUGGUGUGGAGAUAAGGGUGAUAGGAAAAGCACUGUUGGGUAUGUGUUUUUCUUGGGAGGAGCACCAAUUUUGCGGAGCUCUACUAAGGAACCAGUUGUGGCCCUUUCAUCUUGUGAGGUAGAAUAUAUUGCUACAUGUGAAGCCUCGUGCCAGGCAGUUUGGUUGUGUUCACUGAUAAGGGAAUUGAAGAUUGAAGCAAAGGAGAAGGUCAGACUGCUUAUGGACAAUAAGUUAGCCAUAGACUUGACCAAGCAUCCUACAUCUCAUGGUAGGAGCAAACAUAUUGAGACUCGGUUCCACUACAUCAGGGAACAAGUCAGCAGAGGGAAGAUUGAAGUGGUAUACUACAGAUCUGAAGAUCAGAUCACAGAUGUACUCACUAAAGCUUUAAAAAAUGAACGCUUUCUAACUCUUAGAAAGUAG